AUGUCAGUGAAGAGGCAGGCUACAACUGAACUGAACCAUGAAAACUGGGAUCAAGAUGACCCUGCAGACCAGGAAGAAGAAGGAGGUGGUUUCAAAAUGGCUUCAAAAGAAAUUCUUGAAAAACGUGUUAUACGAACCGCUAAAAGGCGCUCGCAAGCUACUGGCGAUGAGGCAAAGAAAAGUGUCUUCAGUGGAUUUAGUGGUUUUAAUAAAACUCAACAAUCCUCCUUUGAUUUUCUAGCAAACUUGACAAAUGGAAACAAAGCUAAUAAUGGAAUGUCUGCAAAUAAGGAUGAUAUAACCGAGACUUCUAAUUCAAAUAACAAUAAACCUGCAACUAGUCCCAGUAGUAAUAUUUUUGGUUUAUCAGGAACAUCAACUCCUUUAGCAAAGUCAACAUUUGGCAAACAAAAUACUGAAUCAACACUUUUUGGUAAUACAACAUUUUCACAAUCAGUAUUUGCACCAAAACCCAAUUCAACAGGGAAUGUCAGUCCUUUUAAGUCUCAAUCUAUCCAAAAUUCGACUUUAACCAAUGAACUAACUUCUAAACCCAUUGACAAUGCUGAGAAAUCAGUUACACAGGGAUCUUCAACUAUUUUUGGCACAUCACCAGUUGUUGGUAAUAGUCCAAAGUCUCUUUUUACAACCAGUACAAGCAAUAAUUCAAGUCCUUUCAAAACUCAACCAGGAACAACUUCACAACCUAAUAUAGAUAAUAAAACUGCCAGCAAACCAGAAGUUCAAGACGACAAAAAAUUGAUUUACUACAAUAAACUUAAAGGUUUAAAUGAGAGUGUGUCAGCUUGGAUUAAAAAACAUGUGGAAGAAACUCCCUUAUGUAUAUUAACACCUAUUUUUAGAGACUAUGAAAAACAUUUAAAUGAAAUUCAAAGUGAAUAUGAAACAAGCAAAGAUAAAAUCGUCGCUAAAGAAAAUACUGACACAAAACAAAACAAUGCAAACCAAAAUUUGUCUACCGUUCCAAGUAGUAAUAUAGGAUCAUCUUUGUUUUCUGCAACAAAAUCCAAUACAUUACUGUCGUCUAACACAAGCAGUACUCCUGAAAAGACAUCCAAUUUUACAUUUGGUAUAAACACAUCAUCUACUGUUUCAUCAACAAGUAGUUUUUCAACAUCAGCUACAUCUAAUGCAGGAUUUUCAUUUGGUGCUAAACCAUUAACUACAAGCUCUUCUCCAUUUGCAAUGAACACAACAAAUACAGGUGCUAGCAGUACUCCAUUUUCUUUUGGAACUGGAAAACCCUUUAGCUUUAAUGCAAACAUCAAGAAGCCUGAGGAACCAGCUAAUGAAACAGAAGAAAAUGAAGAUGAACCACCAAAAGUUGAAUAUACCCCUAUUGUUGAAGAUAAUAGUGUAUUUGAGAAAAAAUGUAAAGUAUUUGUAAAGAAAGAUGGUAAUUUCAUUGACAAGGGAGUUGGCACACUGUAUAUAAAAAAAAUUGAAGAAAGUGGCAAAAAUCAAUUGUUAGUUCGAGCAAACACUACUUUGGGUAAUAUUUUGCUGAACUUCAUUUUAAGCUCAUCUAUAACUACUCAACGUAUGGGUAAAAAUAAUGUAAUGAUGGUUUGUAUCCCGACCCCAGAUGCAAAACCUCCACCAACACCUAUCCUCAUAAGAGUUAAAACUUCAGAAGAAGCCGAUGAAUUGUUGGAAAUAUUAAAUAAAUAUAAAGUU